UAUCGCAUGCAUUCAGCAGUGUGAUGUGGUUUCGUGCGGUGCUGGCAGUAUAAUCAGGCCUAUUUGACUUGGUCGUCGAUACGCGAAUUUACGAGACAGUUUAUUUAGUUUUCUUGCAUCCUUAUUUAUUUUACAAUUUUACAUAAGUUUGUGCUCUUAUAAGUCCUCCGUGCAUAAUCAUUGCUUCAGGCACAUUGAACGAGGGUUUUAAAACCAGUGGAUAUAUUAGAUCUCGUUUGAUACAUGUAAUUGUUUGCACUCUUUUGACGGAACACAUUCAUUUUGUAAUAAACUGAAACACAUAAACAAACGAAUUCAAGUUUCAGAACAGUUUCUUGUUUUUUUUUCAGGAGACCUCAAGUGCUCGUACAUAUGUGAAAUGAGUGUUUGUGAAAAAUAGUAUUGAGACGGGAGUGCGUGACAUUGAGAACUACAUACUUUUUUUGUAGUUGGAGUAAAUUUUAUCCAGAGAAUUUUGGAGUCAACUGAACAACUGGACACAAUGAAGCCCAAAUUAUUAUAGUCCUGACUCGAUGUCAACUCGGGAUGAUUUUGCUACUCUAAAACAUCACCGCGUGCACCGAGGGACCAAUAACCUCCAGCUUCACGAAUCCCACCAUUGAAAGAACAACAGGGCGAAAAAAUGACAAAAUAUUCUGAAUUCAAUUGGAGGCUUCCGGUGCCUGAGUUGCUUCUCGAAGGUGUUCAAGUGGAUCGGUGGACUGAGGAAAAGGAUGCUGUGGAGAUGGAGAUUGAAUGCCUCGUCAGAGUUGAUGAGUAUGGAUUUUUCAUGAACUGGAAGUCUGAGCCUCGGGAUGGAGACGUGCUGGAACUAUGUCAAGUUAGUGAUAUCCGAGCUGGGGGCGUGCCCAAAGACCAAAGACUUUUAUCUCAGCUACAAGCGAAACAUGGAGAUUUGUUGGAAGAAAAGUCCUUGACGGUUUGCAGUGGAACUGAUUUAGUUAACAUCAUUUACACUCAUUUCGUCUAUCCUGAUGCCGAGACUGCUAAGACGUGGUUAGAAGGCCUCCGUCGAAUUACCCACAAUUUCAAAGCCAACAAUAUCAGUCCGAUGACCUGUCUUAAAAAGCAUUGGAUGCGUUUGGGGUUUAUGGUGGCUCCGAAUGGGAAAGUGCCGGUGAAAGUAAUCGCGAGGACGUUCGCUUCUGGGAAGACGGAGAAAUUCGUGUACGAGUGUUUAAAAUCGCUAGCUCUCCCCAAUGAAAGGACCGACGUGAUAGAGCCUGCAGACUUCACCUUUGAAAAAUUCGUCGCUCUGUACCAUAAGAUCUGCCCACGGAACGAUAUUGAAGAGCUGUUUCAGUCCAUCACCAAGGGGAAAGCCGACUACAUCGAUGUGAACCAGUUCAUCUACUUCCUGAACGAAAAGCAACGGGAUCCACGUCUGAACGAAAUCUUGUAUCCUCUCUACAACGAGAAGCGAGCGUCCGAGAUCAUCCAAACCUACGAACCCAAUGAAGAGUUCAAGGCCUCCAGUCGACUUUCAAAGGAUGGACUAAUUCGUUACCUGAUGUCGGACGAAAACGCGCCCGUAUUUUUAGACCGCUUAGAUACCUACAUGGACAUGGAUCAACCCUUGUCACACUAUUACAUCAACUCUUCUCACAACACGUACCUUAUCGGUCGCCAAUUUGGGGGCAAGUCGAGUGUGGAAAUGUAUCGUCAAACGCUUCUCGCUGGGUGCAGAUGUAUCGAGUUGGAUUGCUGGGACGGAAGGGACGAAGAAGAACCCAUCAUUACACAUGGGAAAGCAAUGUGUACUGACAUUCUAUUUAAAGAUGUGAUUUUCGCGAUACGCGAUACUGCGUUUGUUACUUCCGACUAUCCCGUCAUUCUAAGUUUCGAGAAUCAUUGCUGCAAAGCCCAGCAAUACAAAAUGGCCAAAUACUGUGAUGAAAUUUUUGGAGAUCUCCUACUAAAAGAGCCUUUGCCCGACUAUCCGCUGGAAAUAGGGGCACCGCUCCCUCCACCAAGUGCUCUCAAACGCAAGAUCCUCAUAAAGAAUAAGCGUCUUCAACCAGAGGUUGAGAAAAUAGAGCUGGAGCUGUUUUUGAAGGGUCAGUUCGAGAUAAAUGAUGACGAGUGUCGGGAGGAUGCUUCUGCCGUGGAAAUCGUUCCGAAAGAGGACAAACCAAAUUAUACUGGUAGCCAGCCAGACUCCAACCAGCCACCAGAGCCACCUCAGACUAACGCCACGUCCCACACACCCGCCACUUUAUCCAUCCACCCAUGGUUGUCGUCCAUGAUAAACUACGCGCAGCCAGUGAAAUUCGCCGCGUUUGACCUGGCGGAAAAAAAAAAUUGCCACCACUACAUGUCCUCCUUUGCUGAAACCACGGGUCUUGGUUUGCUCAAAACGCAAGCCAUAGAAUUCGUCAACUACAACAAACGCCAAAUGAGCCGAAUUUAUCCAAAGGGAACAAGAGCGGAUUCAUCCAAUUACAUGCCUCAAAUAUUUUGGAAUGCUGGGUGUCAGAUGGUGUCUUUGAACUUCCAAACUGCGGACCUUCCUAUGCAACUGAACCAAGGGAAAUUUGAAUACAAUGGAGGAUGUGGCUUUCUCCUAAAACCUGACUUCAUGCGAAGACCGGACCGAAAUUUUGAUCCUUUUGCCGAAUCUCCCGUGGAUGGCGUGAUAGCCGCCCAGUGUUCUGUUCAAGUGAUUGCUGGGCAGUUCUUAUCGGACAAGAAGGUGGGAACUUACGUGGAAGUGGACAUGUUCGGGUUACCGACGGACUCCAUUCGAAAGGAAUUUCGCACUCGACUGAUUCCAGCAAAUGGACUAAAUCCGGUUUACAACGAAGACCCGUUUUUAUUUCGCAAGGUGGUUCUUCCCGAUUUAGCCGUCCUGCGUUUCGGAGUUUAUGAUGAGAACGGAAAACUUCUUGGUCAGCGGAUCCUUCCUCUUGACGGCCUACAAGCUGGAUUCCGGCACAUUAGUCUCCGCACUGAAGCAAACUUUCCCACCUCUCUACCAAUGCUGUUCUGCAAUAUUGAGCUUAAAAUCUACGUGCCUGAUGGAUUCGGAGAUUUUAUGGACGCACUGUCAGAUCCCCGAGCCUUUUUGUCAGCACAAGAUAAACGAGCCCAGCAAAUGCAAGCCAUGGGGAUCGAGGAGUCAGAUAUUAACAGUAUGAACAUCAAACCAGGCAACACGACGGUGGGUCCUACCACAAAAAAGAGUGAAGGCGUUCGUUUCCAAGAGGAGCCCAAAGAGGAUAUGAAAUUCGAUCCCUUGACGGCUGACAGUCUUCGGGCGGAGAAGGGUUAUAACAAGGCGACUAAAAAGCAGCAGAAGGAGUUGGAAGCGAUGAGGAAACGACAUUCGAAGGAGAGACUUCUCAUCCAAAAGAACCAGUGUGUCUCCAUCGAGAAAAUGGUGAAAGGGAAACAGCCUAACGAAGCUGCAUCUGAUCCGUCUAUUCGUCGCCUGGUUGUGGAGCAAACGAAGCAAUGGACGGAAAUGAUGGAGAAACACAGAAGAGACGAGUGGGAGUUGAGGAAGUCGCAUUUGCAUUCUCAAGAAGAAAUUUUGCGAAAGUUGAUGGAAACUUCGCAGCAAAAUCAGAUGAAGCAAUUGGAAGCGAAGCACGAAAGAGAAAGUAAAGAGAUGAGAAGCAAUCAAGCGAAAAUUUCGGUGGAGACGGCGAAAGAGGUCACGAAUGACAAAACGGUGCGAAAUAAGCAAGAGAAGGAGCGACGGCUCAAGGAAAAGAAUCAAAACAACACGAAAAAGUUCAUCGAAGAGAGGAAAAUAGAGGCCAUGAAACAGGAGAAAGAGAAAGAAAAACUCCACAAACUUCACGAGAAGCAACUUGAAGACUUGACGAGAGACAUUCAAAAUGCUAUUGAGCUGUACAAAAACGAUGAAAUUGAAUACGAAUUGUCUCCCAAAUCUGAAUUUUUCGUUUAAAGCGAGUGAAAGGACCGGACGCGGCGUCAUCUCACCUUUCUCCACUUUCAUGUGUGAUACUUGUGCAUGCAGAUUCGGGACGAUUGAAUUUGAGUCUUCAUUUCAUCUCUCGUAAUUCAAUUUCUGCCAUCCCCGUUCCAUCCAUCACCUUCCUUCCUCUCUCUCUCUCCGUCUCUUUCACCCGGUUUGAAGAGAUUGAGCAAACACGUUUAGCCAACCAUUUCAACACCAACAGUUUCAGCCAACAACUGAAACUUCAUACCUUCGUUAUUAUUAUUGGUCCGCGUCGUUUUUCAUCGUCAAUCGCUAGCUGUCAUCAAAUAACUUAUACGUGGGCGAACUACACGUUAAUAUUUUCUGAUCCUGAGCUGGAUAUAUUUCACACAUUAUCUCAUCUCAUGUUUCCUUUCACACAUGAGACAUUACAUUUCACAUUAAAGUACCUUUACUCCAGUAGAGUACGCUGUCCUAUCUUCAACAAUAUAUUAUUAAUACAUUAAUAUUCAAUAUAUGAGCAUAUGUACACGUAAUUUUGUAACUUUUCACUUGAGCGGUCUAGUCGGUCGUUAAAUAUUAAAUAUGUAUAUGAACGAGUCAAAUGUGAUUAUAUGCAAAAAUAGCGUGCGAAUUUCUGGAAACUCUGAUGCCUAUCAACUAUAUUGGGCCAGGAACUCUUAUCCUCAUCCCCCCGUUGUUGUCGUAUUGAUAAGCACUUUUUGGACUAGCCUUGAACAUUGUGGAAAUUAAAUUGUUGAAAUCCUACAUAACAAAGAUGUGUUUUACAUACACGUAUGUAGAGAAGUUCCUUUCUGCUCGCUCCUACGUUUCCCAGUCGUCGUCGUCGUUAUUGUUGUUACCUUUGUGCCAAUGAUGGCCGACAUUAUAUAACUUUAACGUUUGUUAAUGUCUGUUCAUUACAUCAUUUGUAUUAUUUGUUCUACUUGUGCCACUUGAUUACUGGCAACUAUUAACAAUGACACUGUGCUCACUUGAUUCUUGUCCACCUCCGAAUUUCUGUCAUUGUCAAUAAUGAGUCAUUCAUAACUGCUGUUUUCAAAUACUACUUAAAUAUUUCAUGUAGCGUAGAGUAGCGGGCAGUGUCCGACAGCAAUUGUCUGCCGUUAACAUAAAUUCCGAUCCAUCCCAGAUUUGCCUAAUGAAUGAAAACUAUAUAUUCCGAUAUUUAUGCAAAAUCUAAAAAUAUUGCCAAAACUAUAUGUAUGAUGAUUAAGGAGAGAAGAGAUUUACUCUUGUUGUACUACUACAUACAUAGAUUUACAUAUAUCGUAGAUUAGCAUUCUUCUACUAAAACAGUAUUAUUGCUGGUCAUUUAUAUCCAUAUUUUAAGUAAGAUUAACUACAGUUAAUUAAGAUUUAGAGUUUAAUUGUUGAAAAAAUCAGUCAUGUUUCGAUCAUGCAGGAUGCCAAAGAUUAUCAAGCUUUACGAGAUAUUAAAUACAUUGUUUAAAAAAUAAAUAUCGCGUUAUAUUCAAUAAUACAUUACACGAUUAUUAUUGUUGACAAAUAUGUAUGUACAAUAUUAUUUACACAAAAACAUUUAGUCCAACAAUCUAUGUGUACCUCUUAUUUCAGUAAAAAAAACAAUUGUUAGCAAUUCUGACAUUUUAUUUUAUUUCCAUUUUUAUCGUCAAUGUCUUAACAUAUACUUUUGUCGUCGCUUACAUAAAAAAUACAAACACAUUCGCUCAACAUUACCAAGCAAAUAAGUGAACUCUAAAAUAUUCCGAUUAAAAUAGAAUCUGUGUCUUUUGGA